CAUUACAAAAAAUAAUAAAAUAUUGUACUCACCUAUAGUAUAUGUAAACAACCAGUUAAUAAUGUUGGCGUUAAACACUACAGAUACGAGUAAUUUUUUCAAAGUCAAUGUUUGCAAUACCCACGCCUAAGUAUGCCUAUACUUAUCUCGUAUAACAAGGAAAAAAAUUUGGGAGUGAAAAAAAAUAAAACGCGCCGCAACAUAACCGCAACAUACAGAUAAUAGCAAUCAAAGUCUUGCAAAAGAAUGCAGAGAAAAAACAAUUCAUCAGAAGCAAUGUUUGUGUAUACAAUACGAGUGAAACGGGAUAGCUGAAGAGCAGCUCGGAUCGCAAGCAGCCCAGCAUCCAUCAAUUGGACAUCAUCGGCAUUUGUCAACGACCAACACCACCAAUCAGCAGUACUACAUUAUAAGUUAGGUAAAUGUCAAUAAAUAAAGGCUUAAGGACGAAAUUGGUCAAAGAAGAAUGGCAGAGCCAAAGCGAGUACCCCUGCAGAGUUGUCCUCCUUUGGAGCCGAGCGUUAUCACCCACAGUAAAGCAUCAGCCACUGCUGGUACCAGCAACAACCACAACAAUGCCAGCAAUAGUAACAAAAAUAAGUCUGAGGAGAAGAAAAAGAAGAAGAAGGACAAACAAAUAGCACCCUCGAUCCGUUUUAAUUUAAAUCUCUUUGAGUCAAAUGACCAAAAGUAUCCAGAGUUCAACUAUGCAGAUCUGUUGAAGAACGCCGAGAAGAAGCGCAAAAGGGAGAAGAAAAAGGAAGACAAAAGUAAUAGCACCACUAAUGGCACGAGUGCACUAACGCCUUUUGAUGACACGGAUGAAGAUGAAAAGGUCCUCGACGUUGCCAGGUACUUUGAAGAAAAAUAUGGAAACAGAAAAAAAAGUGAUUAUGUAGAUCUGGGUGCUGGCUAUGAUGAGAGCGACUCAUUCAUCGAUAACACCGACAUGUACGACGAACUUGUACCUCAGGAGGUCACGACAGUACAUGGAGGCUUCUAUGUUAAUAGUGGUCCUCUCGAAUUUAAGGACUCCGAUAAUGUUAAUGAGCUGCUCAAGAGACACAAUCUCAUCAACAACAACGAUGAAGAGGAUGAUGAUGAAAGCAGCGACGAUGAUAGUGAGGACGAGGAGAAGGUUACCAAACAUCCAGGUAAAAGGCCCUUGAGUUCGGAUAACGAAGAGAUAGACAUUACUGUUCCUGCCAAGUCAAAGCCCAGAGUUACUAAAACUGAGUGUGCGUGAUGUGAAGUGAUAUAGAUAUUUUUGGUUCAAGUGAGAGUUUGAGAAAAAAAAGUGAAGAAACGAGUUCUUUUAUGACUUAAUUUACAAGUGUAUUAACACUCUUUACUUCCAUUCUCAUUAUACAUAAAAAACAAAUCCAAUAACAUAUAGAUCGGUUAUCAACUAUAUGCAAUACAGAUUUUUUCGUUUUGAAACUAUUGUAAAUUAAACUUUUUAAUCUUUACUAAUUGUAAUUGUAAA